GGUGGUUGUGAGUAGUGGCGCGGCGGAGACAGGCCGGCGGCGGCGUCCUGCCCGUCAGUGGCGCGCGUCUGCUCGCCGAGACCGCACGCUUCACGCGCUUCCGACCCCGCGCGACGACACGGCCGCCGCACGGAGCACGAUCUCAGGAUCGCGAACUGUGCCGGGCCCUCCGCGCACACCCUCACUUGGCGCGACCUCCCCGUCUUCUCAGUGUUCUGUGAUCUUGUGCAAUACCUACAUACAUGGUACAAUUAAAUGGUUAUAAGUGUUAGCUUAGUGCAUAGAGUAGUUGCAUCGUGUACGUGAUGGGGUGCGGGUGAGGCGGCGCAUGUGGGCGGCGGCGCUGUGGGCGGCGGGCGCGCUGUGGGCGGCGGCGGCGAUGUGCAGCGGCGGCGGCGGCGGAGAGCGCCUAGACUGUCGCUCCGCCGGUCUUCAGGCUCUGCCGCCCUUGCAUCACAACCUCAUCUCUCUAGACGUGUCCAACAACAACAUCUCGUCGCUGCCGCGCGACGCCCUGCUGCCGGCCACGGGACUGCGCGACCUGAACUUGUCGUCGAACCGGCUGGAGCUGGUGUCCGCGGGCUCGCUGUCGGGCGCGGCGCUGGCGCGGCUGUGGCUGGACCGCUGCUCGCUGCGCCGCCUCCCCGCGCACGCGCUGCGGGACCUGCGCCGUCUGCACUACCUGUCGGCGGAGGACAACUUGAUCUCUGAGCUGGAGGGCGGCGCGGUGGGGGCGCGCGGGCUGCGCACGCUGCGGCUGUCGCGCAACCUGCUCCGCGCCGUGCCCACGCACGCGCUGGCGCCGCUGCACCACCUGCAGACGCUGAGUCUCUCCGGGAACCUGAUCACCGAGCUGUCAGACUCCUCGCUGCCUCCGCUGCCCGCGCUGCACACGCUAGUUCUGAAGAGGAACCGCAUCACCCACAUAGAGCCUCGCGCCUUCGCUAACACUCCCGCCCUGCACGUGCUACGCCUGGAAGAAAACCUACUAUCGGAACUUCCGCCAGCGAUACAGCUACUGCCCGUGCUACAAGAUCUGUUGUUGAGUGGGAACCGUAUCGAGGUGGUGGAGGCCGGUAUUCUCCAACAAUGUCGUCUCUUGAAGCGGCUGGACCUCCGCGGCAACCCGCUCACUCGCCUCCACAGACAUGCGCUGCAGCAUCUGCCGCAUCUCAGGACGCUCAUCCUGUCGGAGGCGCGCGGGCUCCGCGAGGUUCCGUCGCUGAAUGGGUCGGCGCAGGUCCGCACCCUCCGCGUGGAGCGCGCCCGCCUCACGCGGCUCUCCACGGACCUCUGUCGACACGCGCCUCUGCUGCAGUCGCUCGAAAUGAAGUCCAACUACAUAGAUCGCGUUCCAGACCUGCACGAAUGCUCCGAACUUCAUUUACUAGACCUGUCGUCUAACGAGAUCAGCGCGGUGCAGGGCAGCUCGUUCCGCGGCCUGCACAAACUGCUGGACCUGCUCCUCGCGAGGAACCGGCUGCGGCACAUCCCCUCCGACACCUUCAUACACACACCGGAGCUACAGAGACUGAAUCUUGAAGAGAACCAGAUAGAGCAUAUAGACAUGGAGGCGUUCGUAUCGAUCUCUAAACUGGAAGAUUUGAACGUGGGGAACAACAUAUUCCCGUGGCUGCCCGCCAGCGGACUGCAGCGGCUCCUCCACCUCAAGGCGCACAACAACCCCAACCUGCGGCACUUCCAUCCGCCGGACGUCUUCCCCAGGAUACAGACACUGGUACUGUCGUACGCGUACCACUGCUGCGAGUUCAUGCCGCUGAUGGAGGGCGGCACCGUCACGGAGGAGGAGACUUCGGAGGAAGACGCCUCCACCGACCUCGUCAUCAUCCCCUCACAGAGUAUCGACGCCGAAGCCUGGCUUAACGCCACUGACGUGUGGUCGCAAUUGAACGUGUCGGCUGCUGGCGGCAGUCGCUGGCAGGCCAUGCUGGAGGACUGGGAAUCCGAUCUGGUAGAAGGCGUCUCUGAACAUCGCGUCGAACCUUCGAGACGAGUCCAGUGUCUGCCUCUACCCGGUCCAUUCCUUCCGUGCGUGGACCUGUUCGACUGGUGGACGCUCCGCUGCGGCGUGUGGGCGGUGUUCCUGCUGGCGCUGCUCGGCAACGGCACGGUGGUGUUCGUGCUCAUCUGCAGCCGCAGCCGCAUCGACGUGCCGCGCUUCCUCGUCACCAACCUCGCCGCCGCUGACUUCUUCAUGGGAAUAUAUUUAGGCUUCUUGGCGGUCGUGGAUGCGGGAACCCUGGGAGAGUUCCGCGCGCACGCGAUCGCCUGGCAGAUGUCCGGCGGCUGCCGCCUGGCGGGCUUCCUCGGCGUGCUGUCCUCCGAGCUGUCGGUGUACACGCUGGCGGUCAUCACGCUCGAGCGGAACUACGCCAUCACUCACGCCAUGCACCUCAACAAGAGACUGUCGCUGCGGCACGCCGCUUUCGUAAUGGCGGCGGGCUGGGGCUUCUCCCUGACCGCGGCCUCACUGCCGCUGCUGGGCGUGUCCGACUACCGCAAGUUCGCCGUGUGCCUGCCCUUCGAGACCAGCUCGCCCGUCGCGCUCGGCUACGUGGUGUCCCUGCUCGCCAUCAACGGAGUCGCUUUCCUGGUGCUGCUCGGCUGCUACCUCAAGAUGUACUGCGCCAUCCGGGGCUCCCAGGCAUGGAACUCCAACGACUCCCGCAUCGCGAAGCGGAUGGCGCUGCUCGUGUUCACGGAUUUCCUGUGUUGGUCUCCGAUCGCGUUUUUCGCUCUAACCGCCGCGUUCGGGUUGCAGCUCGUUUCUUUGGAGGAGGCUAAAGUUUUCACUGUGUUCGUACUACCGCUGAACUCCUGCUGCAAUCCAUUCUUAUACGCGAUCUUAACGAAACAAUUCAAAAAGGAUUGCGCGCUCGUCUGCAAGGCGAUCGAGGAGUCCAGGGUGACCCGCGGCAUCGGCCGCUGUCGGCACUCGUCCAACUUCAGCAACCGCCAGACGCCGGCCAACACCAACAGCCUCGCCGAGCGCUCGUCCCGCGGGCAGCACCACGCGGCGUGCGCGUGCCGCCGCCUGUGCCCGCCGGCCGCCGCCCCCGGCCGCCGCCCCGCGCCGCGCGCGCGACUGCUCGGCUGGCUUUGCGCGGCGUGCGGCCCCGGUCGGCCGCCCGCCGCCGCCCCCGGCCCCGCCGCCCGCCGGCCGCGCCCGCCGCGCACGGGCUCGGUUGUCGUCGUCGGUGGAGUUUCUUCGUCGUCCCGCUCGACUUCGUGGCGCACGUACGGGCCCGCCGCGCCCCCGCCGCCGCGGGCGCGCCGUGUCGUGGCUGGUUGUCGCAAGGGACGUCGGCAAGGACCUCGAAACCUGUCGUCGUCGCGCAACGACUCGUCCGGGUCCAACGCGACGGCGUCGACGGGCACGUGGCGCACGUCGCGGUCGGGGGGCAGCGCGGCGGGGGGCGCGGGCCGGCCGCGGCUGACGCGCCAGCCCGCGGUGUCGGCCGAGGAGCCCCCGCUGUCCCCCCCCGCGCUGCCGGCGCCGCGCCACCUGCACACGAUCCCGUCGGCAGCAGAGGCGGAGCUGCAGCAGGAGGAGCCGGACGCCCGUUGACUCAAUGCAGCCGGCCAACAUGUACUCCAGCUUGCCGUACUCUUAAAUUAUUCUAAGUCGUAAUCAUCCCACGAUGCUCCCUUGCACGCAGCGAUCUCAAAGUGUCUUAAAGUGCCGUCCAUUAGAAGCCACACUCACAGCGUCCCUCUGACCGAAUGGAUCCGCCGGGUCCUCGCUCCGCCGACGGUAGCUCUCUAGUGAGGCGCCUUCGUUGAAUCUUCAUCAUCAAUGGACAUACAAUUAGAUAGUUUUCUACAGAACUACAGUAUUACAGUGAACUGUGCAUCCGGGAUGUUCACGUUUACAUGGGUCUAAGAAUAAAGUAUUACGAUAGCAUAAUAAUAUAAGUAAAUUAUUUAUUUAUUUAGGAAAUUUUACAUGAUAAGAUUAGAUAACUUUAGAUAAUAAACCACAUAAAUUAUGAAGUAUUUACAAUACAUUAGUGUGUAUCUAUCGUGUGCUACGUGUGUUGGUUGUAAUGUAUUGCAGAGCGCGCACGUACAAUAUGCUGAAUUGUUAAACAUUUGAACCAAAAAGUGAUCCCCGUCCCCGGCGAGGCGCCGGAAUCUGUAAUGGACACUUCAACUUAUUCCUUUGUUGACGAAACAAAGUGAAAUAAAACUGAUUUUAAGUAAAAUGCCAUUAUAAAACACUUGGGGCAAACUGAAGGUGUGAAAUGCUAGCUCUCAGUCGCUCCCACGGGGCGCACUCACUAGCGGCUGCUUCACAUUAUUGCAUUAAUGUUUUAAAUACCAGUUGAAACAACAGCUGCAUUGUAAAAAUUACAAUAUUAAUAACGACAUGCAGCCAUCGGGGCGGCGCGCGGCCGCGUGUUGCGAGACCCAGGCCAAUACUAUCAAGUUGUGUAAUAAAAACUUUAAUUUAAUCUUUUUUUUUCGAAUUUAAACAGAGGAGCAGGAGAUUCCCAGUCAGUGUCGGGCGCACGCGGACCACCGGCCACAACCACAACACGCAGCCGACGACCUAUUUCCUGUUGUUUUCAUACAGUUUAUAUGGACUCGCCGCACACGGUUGAGGUCGGUGGCCGCCGCACUCUACUUUUUUUUUUACUGCUUAGAUAGGUGGACGAGCUCACAGCCCACCUGGUGUUAAAUGGUUACUGGAGCCCAUAGACAUCUACAACGUAAA